CCCCAAGGCCGCAUUCCUUCCAGAGCCGCUCGAGCACCGGUCGCUGUCCCAGCCGCGUGUGCCCGGCGCACUUGUCUGUAGUCACCGGAGCCCAGGCCCGGGGACCGCGCUGCAUCAGCACUUGGCAGUCCGUCCGUCCAAGCUGGUCCUCCCUGUGCCUGCCGUUUGUCUGUCCCCGCCUUUCUGCUGACUGGACCAACACUGCACAGCGCCUUCACUUGCGUUGACAGACGGGUGUCCCAUACGCCCCUUCAAAAGUAGUGCCAGGUGUAGAAAAGCAGAAGGCGCCGACCGUUGAGAGUGUGACAGAGCAUUCUGAAACUUUAACUUCAUUGCCUAGUCAGAGAACAGAAUAACUUCUACUUUCAUCAGAUUCUAAGACGUUAUAUAUAUAACAGCCCUGUGAGAUUUUACUGACGAAGACACUGACGAUCAAAGAAGUUAAGAAAGUUGCUCAAGAUUAUUAACAGCUGAAAAGAUGGAGAACCAAAUUCAAAUACAGUUCUGCCUUCCUUCCUGAAUCAUUCUUAACCACUGUAUUUUAAUUCUUGGAACUAAGGAUGAAAUGUCAUUGCCAUCCCUGUAUUUGGCCACUAAUUUACUUGCAGGCUCAGCAGGAUAUAUGAAAAGAGAAAAAAAGAAAAGUGAAAGAUUAUCAACAUUGAUUAUUCUGUAGGAGUAAAGAAGGUGAACCAAAAAGGAGACAAGAGACACAGAAGUAUGCCAGGCAAUGAAGAAAGGGGGUGUCGAGGAGUUCUUGGAGAAGCUCUGGCUCAACAAGACAUAUCUUCAUUAACCGAUGCUGUCGAGCAAGUUGCAAAGCAACAACAAUUGCAGACAUCAGAAAUAGAAAGACACAAAAAGAUUCUGUUUCAUUUGCAGAAUGAACUUCAUGAGCUGGAAAAACAGAUAGCAUCUGUCUCUGCAGAAACUAAAGAAACAGAAAGGCAGAUUCAUCAGCAAGAUGCUGCCAUGGAGAAUAGCAAACUUCAGUGUGAAAACCUGGAAACACAAAUCAAAGCCUUACAUACAGAAAAUGUAAAGCUUAAAUUUGACAUAGAAGCAGCCCAAGAAGAAUUCGAGGAACACAUGAUAAGAUAUAAUGAAUACUAUGCAAAAAUAAAAGCACAUAAAGAUAGUUUGGGGGAGGAAGAACGCAAACAUUCUUUUAUGAUUGAACUCCACGAAAAACGAGAUCUUGUUAAAAAACUGAAGACAAUGAAAGAGGAACUUAGGCAGGAUCUCCAAAAUCCAGAAGGAAAUCGGAUGAAGCAAGUACAGGAUGAUAUUACAAUGCUAAAGAAUAAAAUUAUAACUGUAAAAGAAUCUAUCAUUGAAAAAACUUGUUUUCUUGAGAAAGAAAAAAAGAUACAUGAAAAAUUAAGAAAAGAAAUCGAGGUACAACAUAAGAGAUAUGGUGCGAUUCUUAAGCGUUUGCAUUGUCAGGUGAACAAGCUUCAAUCCCAUAGAAGACAAUGGCAGUGGAACAUUCAACAGCUAGAAAAAACUGCAGCUGAACUAAGAAGGUGCAUUGCGAUGAAAGAGUAACGUGGCCAUAGGAUAAUGUAGAGCACAGAGUAUGCCAACAAAAAUUGGGACAGAAUGUUGAGAAAUCUGUUUUUAAAUUUUUAUUUAUUUUUAUUAAAGUAUAGUUGACAUACAAUAUUAUAUUCAUUUCAAGUGUACAACAUAGUGAUUCUGCAUUUAUAUACCUUAUGAUGAGCAUUCACUAUCAGAGGUCUUAAUGUCUUAAUGACAGAUACAUUUCCUUUUUAGAGUCAGUCAUUGUUAAAGUGCCUUCCAACCCUACAACUGAUAGUGGUGGAUAGUCAAUAGGAAUGCUUACAGAAGUAUCGUGGAUGACUGUGAAUAUCAUUCAUGUAUAAUAUGUGUUAUACUCAUGAACACCUGUUUAUAAACAUGUUGCCUUCACUAUUGCAUGAAGUAAAAAUUUAGAAGAAAAGAAACACUUGAAUUUACAAUGAUUUAAAUUGUUAAGAUAUUUAAAGGGUUGUCUGUCUCUAACUUUUUAUUAGAACUUGUGUUUUUUUUACUACUGCCUUCACAGUAGUCCAUAAAUAUUAAUAUUUACAAUAAUAUUGUUAUAUGUUCAAUGUCUCAGAUAUUUUUCUUAGUUUUCUGUUUCAUCCAGAAGGUAGUAAUCAUUUUUCUUUGUUAUUAGAUAAUGUAUUUUUAGAGUGUUGCAAAGUAUAAAUUUUUUUGUUCAUGUU